AUGGACACGUCAGAGUAUAAUUUUAAAAUACUACAGCUUUUAUCGGACGAAAGUACAUACAAAAAGGUCAAAACAGACCCCACAACUAACACGCUUAAAUCAACUAGCGAUUUAAUAAAGAAACACUCCGAAAAAUUAAAUCUCGACGUGAAUUCGCUAAUACCAUCAUGUACUAAACCACCGAGGUUGUAUGGGUUACCAAAGAUACACAAACCAAACGCUCCACUACGUCCUAUAGUGAGCCAGAUCGAUUCACCAACUUAUAAGCUGGCACAACGCUUGGCAAAAGUACUGUUACCACUGAGAGGACAUACCAGAGCACACACAAAGGAUUCAUACCAUUUUGUUAGUGAGAUAAAAGACCUACAUCUCGCUGACAAUGAAACUAUGGUCAGUUUUGAUGUUCAGUCACUAUUCACAUGCCUACCUAUUGAAGACUGCAUAUCAAUUGUAACUAGGAAGCUAGAAUAUAAUAACAUGCUUGCUGAAUAUGCAGUAUUACUCAAACACUGCCUCACAUCUGGCUAUCUAUUGUGGAAGGAAGAGUUCUACAAGCAAGUAGAUGGUGUGGCGAUGGGCUCACCUGUAUCUCCCAUAGUCGCUGACAUAUUCACGGAGGACUUCGAGGAGAAAGCCCUUCUUACUGCUCCUGUAAAUCCAAGAUUCUACAAGCGAAAACAUCUGGCCGCCGAACUUCAGCAUGUCAAGCAAGUAUUGCAAGACAACAAGCUUCGGGUCCCGCGCCUACGUCACAGUGACCGAGUGAAGCCGGCCACAGUCGAGCGUGUACCUGCUGUGCUACCAUAUGUCAGAGGAGUCACAGACAAGGUUGACUACAUCUUGAAGCGAGCUUCUAUUAAAACAUACUACAAGAAGCCGAAGAAGAUUAGUCAAUUUUUACCAUCCGUCAAGUGUAAUAUCCCUCUACAAGAUGCAGGAGUGUACAAGUUAGAUUGUGAAUGUGGUCUCUCUUACAUAGGUCAAACAAAAAGAUCCAUAGAAACCCGCGUGAAAGAACAUAUAGCUGACGUGAAGCACCGACGCUCCGGGAAGUCUGCAGUCUGCGAACAUGUUCAAGAUCGUCCCCACCAUUACAUUAGUUUUGAUAAACCACAAAUUCUCGCAAAAGAACACCGAUUCCUACCAAGGAUGAUACGCGAGGCUAUUGAAAUUAAAAAACACCCAAAUUUCAAUAGAGAAGAUGGAUGGGUGCUGCCACCUGCUUGGGAUCCUAUAAUUAACAAAAUUAAACCCAAACCUAAGCAUACCACUGCAAGACUUCAUGAUACUAUAAGCUCGUUUUGCGUAAAUCGGACCAAAAAUUAA